AUGACGCAAUCGUCUACCGAUCUUGAACCAUGCUUGAAUGGAGGUGACCUUAACAUCAAAUUAUAGAGUAACGGAACUUGCCUUGGACACCGGGUGUACAUCGACUUAGAUCUGCGUGCUUUAAGUGCUUAACUGAAUCUUACAUUUUAGUAAAUAUUUAGAGUAACGAACAGAGAUGGCAGAAGCACAUCAGGCUCGCGUGCAUGCUGUGGUGGAAGACAUGGUCCAAAGCCUUGAGAGGGACCACAUCCGUGUAAUGCAGGGUCGCAUGUUCAGGUGCAGUGCAGACUGCUGUGACCGCUCCACUGACUCCAUGUCUGUGGUGCAUAACUGCAUCGAGAGGUGUCACACUCCUAUGGCCAAAGCUCAGGCACAGGUCACUUCAGAGCUGGAGAAGUUUCAGGACCGCCUGUCCCGAUGCACGAUGCACUGCAACGAUAAGGCGAAGGAUCUUUUCGACUCUGGCGCUAAGGAGCCAGCUGUUCGAGCCCUGAUGGACAGAUGUGUGGGCAGCUGUGUUGACGACCACGUAAACCUGAUCCCCAGCAUGACCCGGAGAAUCAAAGAUAAUUUGGACUCUAUAGAGUAGUGAGGAACAAGAUGGGUGGCUAUAGUCCAUCCUGAAGUCUCAGCCUGGACGCAUUACACACAAACACAGGAGCCCAGGGUCAGUUGACCCAGCAAGUUUGACCAGUUACAACCGAAGGAUAAAUGUCUGGAACACCAUAAAGGGUGGAAAGAGUGACUUAAAAUGGAGCAAAGACACAGGUCUUGACAGGUGUAAGAGGCUGCGACUUUACAUGUUGGUGAAGUUUUAAAACGGCUCACUCUGAGAUUUGUUUUUGUACUGUGUAAUUAACAAACGGUAACCUAUUAGAAGCCAACAGAAAAGAAAGAAUGAUGCAUGUGGUGUGUAAAAAAAAAUAUAUAUCCAACAAGUUAAGCAUGACAGUUUAAGAUAUGGAGUAUAUUAAAAUGAUCUACAUCAGUUUUGAAUGUCCUUUACAUUCAACCUUUAAGCCCUAUUUAAUUCCUAAAAUAUCUCUCUAGUGUGAGCCCUUUCAUCCUUCACUCUUGUUUUUUUUUCAUUUUAUUGUCGAGUUGUUCUGUAAUUUUCUGACCUCAUGGUGAAAUAUGUUUUAUGAAUUAAAAGUACCGUAGAUGUAGCUGUUUUGGACCCGCAUUACUUCCAUUAUAACAUGAGCUGAGGUUGAACUAUUGAAUUGAGGCAAUAAUAAAAGCCAGUAAUGCUUU